ACACACUGGACCGCGCAGUCGUUCUUCCAAUCAUCACACAACGAGUGCACGAACCUGCGGAAAAACACCCAAGCAUGUCGACAUCAAACUCCACCUCCAGGACACCCAGCGCGUCUCGGACUCGCCUUUCAACCGUUCCAACAUCAGCAACCAAAUCACGCCAACUAUCCCAUCUCCACUCUCAACUGGCUCAGCUCACGGCACACAUGGCUGAUCUCGAGAAUCUGCUCAGAAUGACGGCCGUGCAGGCGGAGGGGAUGAGGGGCCUUGGAGGCUAUGCUGGCGGGAUGUUCAUGGCUGCGUCGAAGGUUCUUGGGGAGGAGACUGUGAGCGGAGCUGGAGUGGCUGGUGCCAGUAGUCAGAACUCCGCUUCCAAGGCCGCGGAGAAAUGAAGGGACGGCCUGUUGCAGCGUUAUAGCUACUCCGGAGCCGCCGGAGGGAUAUCAGAACGCGCGGACUUCAGCGCAGCUAUGUUUGUGCUGAGUCUGACCGCAGGCUGAUGGUCAGCGCGAGUCUACCGCUCAAGGAUCCAGCCCAAUGAUACGCGAGUGGUCGUGUACGAGGAGUCGGCCUGUCCGGGCCCAAAGCGAACAACCCGUGUUGAGCGUGUGGCUAGCGGCUCAUCGGCGCAAACCGGCAGCACUGGGCUAGGAUAUUGCGAGAUGCAAUGAACACCAGGGCGUGAAAGGGAGAAAGCGGCGACAUUGACAGCGAUGCUCUCAAGACGGUAUCAAGAGUGAAGCCCAGCAGUGAGGUAGACCAAACAUGCAUAGAUAGUAAGACUGCAGACAUCCAACGCCU